AUGAAGUUGUAUCCUUCCAUCAGCCCCGACCUCGCUGACUGGGCCGCCCGCCAACCCGUCUUCUUCACGGCCUCGGCGCCCACCCACCACCCCCACAUCAACGUCUCGCCCAAGGGCCUCUCCGCCCACUUCGCCGUCCUCUCGCCCAACCUCGUCGCCUACAUCGAUCGCACGGGCUCCGGGUGCGAGACCAUUGCCCACAGCUACGAGAACGGCCGCCUGACGCUCAUGUUCAUGUCAUUUGGUCCCUCCCCGCGCAUUCUCCGCCUCUUUUGCAAGAGCACGAUUGUGGAAUGGGACCAUCCGGACUUUGACUCGUGGAUGAGGCGCAUCGUCCCCCAAGGGGAAGCCGCCAGUACUAGGGAGUCUUAUGAUGGGGCUAGGGCUGUAGUCGUUGGCAAGGUGUGGGAGGUGCAAACGAGCUGCGGGUAUGGUGUUCCCAUGGUCAGGAAGGAACUCUACGCGCCCGUGACGUCGUCGGAGGACGGAAAUCUCGAAAAGGCGCAGCCGCAGCAGCAGCAUGACGUCCAUGGCGAGAAGGAGGAAAGCAACACCAAGAGCAGAGACGAGCUCUCCGUCUUUGAGGAGCGUCCCACCCUUGAUUUUUACUGGAAGAAGCGCGUGGACAAUAAUACCGUCAACAAGUACCAGGUCGAGACGAACCGCACCUCCAUCGACGGCCUCCCCGGUCUAAAGGCCGCGCGGAGGGACGCGGGGGAGACGCUUUGGAUCGCGGACGCCAGGGCUGGGUUGUUGCGCGCGGCGCGAGAGACGCGUGGGGUGGCUCUGGGGGUUUUUAUUGCGGUUUUGACGUACCUUGUUGCUGGGUUCAUGAGCGUGUUGUGGGUGAGCGGGAGGACUACUACCUCCUAG